UUUAUCAACAGCAUGGUCUUCGAGAUACCUGUCCUAUUUUAGACGAACCUCUCUCCUGCUCCUAUAUGCACCUCUUUUGCUGUUGUCACCCAUGUAAUGUGUGUGUCACCAUCUCUCCCUCUAUCAACAGCUGCUGGCUUGUACUAUCUGGCAGAAUUAAUCGAAGAGUAUACAGUAAUUACCAGCCGCAUUAUCAAGUACAUGAUAUGGUUCUCCACGGCAGUGCUGAUUGGACUCUACCUCUUUGAGAACUUUCCUGCAUUAAUGAUUGGAGUUGGACUUUUCACAAACCUCGUCUACUUUGGCCUCUUACAGACCUUUCCAUAUAUCCUACUCACGUCACCCAAUUUUAUACUGUCCUGUGUGCUGGUGGUUUGUAACCAUUACUUGGCAUUUCAACACUUUGCAGAAGAAUAUUAUCCCUUUGCUGAGGUACUGGCUUACUUCACACUGUGCCUGUGGAUAACCCCGUUCUCCUUCUUUGUGUCCCUUUCUGCUGGAGAGAAUGUCCUUCCUUCCACUAUUCAGCAGGGAGAUGACGUUGUGUCAAACUACUUUACAAAGGGAAAGAGGAGCAAGCGAUCAGGAAUCCUAGUAAUCUUCACCUUCAUCAAAGAGGCGAUCCUGCCCAGUCGACAGAAGAUUUACUGACUGUGUGUGUGUUCAUGAACACUUGUCAAAGUGAUGGACAGGGUGCAGGAGGGUGGAGCUGACAGACCAAGAGACUCCCUGACGCGGAGAGUUACGAGCUCCUGCUUUGGACUUUAAUUUGGGAUUUCUUUUGAUUUUUGUUUUUGUUCUUUAAAUGGUCCCUCCUCCUGAAGGAAUAUUGGUUGAAGAUUUGAAACGCAUUAUCUUUGCACAGAUUUUGGAAUUUCGAAGGACUUCAAACAAAAAAAACAAACAAAUCUUGUUCCAUUUGGAGAGGACUCAGUUGAAGCUCCCCACACGAUGUAUUCGGUGUAGACAUUGCCAUUUUCUAAUGGAGUGGAUGAUUGCUGUACGUGGUCAUGAUGUUUCCAGUAAACCUUGUUCAGUUUCACACACGUUUCGAUUCAGUUCAACUUCAAAGGCACUAUCUCUCCCCUUUGGCUCUUUUUAAAGAGAGUCUUGUGCACUUUUAGCUGUCUUGUGUUUUACAAUCAUCCCCAGAACUUGCUGUUUGUCUUGCACUCAAAGCAGUAUUAACAUCAGGAGAGAUAUAGUCAGUAACACCAGGAGCUGGGGGGAGAGGGGUUACUGAGUGACAGUGUGGGGGAGCAGGAUUAACAUCAGGAGAGAUACAGUCAGUAACACAGGGCACUGGGGGGAGAGGGGUUACUGAGUGACAGUGUGAGGGUGCUGGAUUAACAUCAGGAGAGAUACAGUCAGUAACACAGGGCGCUGGGGGAGAGGGGUAACUGAGUGACAGUGUGGGGGAGCUGGAUUAAUGUUGAUUAUGGUUCUUGAAACUGUAUCUCAAUUGUUAAACUCUCAGAUUGAAACAGUGACCAACUAGAUCGUGAAUCCUUGUGUAAAUGCUCUUGCUGCAUAAAAAAAUAAAGUCUUGAAUCUCUA